AAGAAGUCGGCCAUGCACUGUAUGGAUUGAUUUCAAAGAAGUGCAAGAUAUUGUUGCAGUUUAUCCUGAUCGUAGGCAAGUUGUAGUUUUAUCUGUGUUAUCAUUGGCAGUUUAGCUACUCCAACGCACGAGCGGUGUGCAUCUGCUAAGAUUUUCUACCAGUCGUGAGUCUUCCCAAUACCUACUUGUACCUGCAUAGUUGAAGAAAUUGAGUCAUCAUGGAGUCAAACGAUAUUGCUGAUCUGAGGCAGAAAAUCUCCUGCGCUGAAGAAGAGCUCAGAAAGCUGAGGCUGCAAUUGCAUGAGAAAUUGCAUGGUGAAGAACAUGUCUCUGCAAGUUCUGAAGUUAGAACGCACGGUGGGAUAUCUGCUGAAGGGUACGCAGCCAGUUUGUCUUUAGAAGAAAUAUCUCGAUAUGGACGACAGCUUAUUCUACCGGAAAUUGGUCUCAAGGGGCAAUUGGGUUUGAAGCAAUCCUCGGUAUUGAUUGUUGGCUGUGGUGGUCUGGGCUGUCCUUCUGCACUCUACUUGGCUGCAGCUGGUAUAGGUCAGCUUGGCUUGCUGGACUAUGACGAAGUUGAACUUAGCAAUCUUCAUCGACAAGUAUUACACACGGAGGCAGGCUCUGAUGUUCGGAAAUGCGAUUCUGCAGCGGAUGCAUUGUUCAGGAUCAACUCACAUGUGCAGUGCCGACGUCACCAUGUUGCUCUCAAUAGUUUCAAUGCCAUGGACAUCGUUAGCCAAUACGACAUUGUUGUGGAUGCUUCAGACAACGUGGCAACAAGGUACCUUGUGAAUGAUGCGUGUGUGCUACUAAACAAGCCUCUAGUUUCUGGCAGUGCGUUGCGCUUUGAAGGUCAGUUGACCGUGUAUCACUAUGAGGAUGGACCUUGCUACCGUUGCUUGUUUCCCCGACCACCUCCACCAGAGACUGUCACCAAUUGUUCUGACGGCGGUGUUGUUGGAAUGGUUCCUGGCGUAAUCGGUGUCCUGCAAGCCAUUGAAGUUGUCAAGAUUGCUGCAAAGAUACCCUCUACACUCUCACAGAAACUUCUCCUUUUCGAUGCCCUUGGCGGCUUCUUCCGCACUGUGCGCCUGCGCGGGCGCAAAGAGAACUGUGCUGUUUGCGGCAAUUCUCCAACAAUCACAACAUUGAUCGAUUACGAGCAGUUCUGCGGCGCUUCCCCAAGUGAUAAGAGCAAAAGCCUGUCAUUGUUAGGUGAUGAAGACAGAAUCACUGUACAGGAUUUACAGCAGAAAUUAUCCUGUAGUGAGCCAUCACAGGGCAAGACAUUGUGUGUGCUGGACGUGAGACCGCCAGUUCAGUUUGAGAUCUGCUCUCUACCAGGGUCACACAAUGUCCCGAUUGAUGAUCUGAACAAAGCAGAUACUGUGGAAAGACUUCAAGGCAUCUUGGCAGAGCAUGAGCAAUCUUGCAGCACUAAUGCUGUCUCCAGCAGUGCAGUGGUAGUGGUGUGCCGGCAAGGGAAUGACUCUCAGAAAGCGGUACUCGAUCUCCGCAAGAGGUUCACAGAUCUCCGGUUUCAGGAUGUGAUCGGGGGGCUGAAGCGCUGGGCAGCAUCCAUAGAUACCUCCUUUCCAAUGUACUGAUGUGCAAUGUUACGCUGACACGUACUCAAUCUUUGGACAGCUAAAGCUAAAGCAUCUAAGCGAUUCAGUUCGACCUUGUUAGAUUACGUACGUGAAAAACACGAACUCUGAUGCACACAUCAUAUUACCGGUAGUGGCAAUAUACUGCUCUCUAGUUUUAACCGGGGGUAUUUUUCAGGGGCUAGCUUUACUAAAAGGUUAGCCCCUGCCCAGGAUUCAGCACCAGGCCUCCCUGAUUGAACUCUCACUCCAUGUGUGAGCAGUGCAAGACUAUAAUAAUGUCUAUAGUCUUCCUCACUUUUUUUCUUUUCUCUUUUUUCCCGUUUGAUCAAGCGGAGCGUAUGAACGUUUCAAAUCCAAUCCUUUGCAAUCAUUGUAGAGCUAACUUGGCUCUAUUGCUGUG